AUGGCUGCAGAUGGCGGGGAUGCGCACCGCGUAGCUGCUGCGCUCGUGGUGCUCGUCGCUGUUGCUGGAGUUGCUGUGGUGUCGGCGCAGGUGCCGCCGCCGCCGGUGACGACUGCGCUGCUGCAGCAGGUAGCCGGGUCGCUGCAGAUGUACGUGGACCCGCUGCCGCAGAUGGCCAAGAUCCGCGGCUACGGCUUCCAGCAGGGCCGCGUCGUGCCCGUCAACCUCACCGUCGGCAUGUUCCAGAAGAAAUGGAAAUUCCACCGCGACCUGCCGGAGACGCCGGUGUUCGUGUACGGCCAAUGCGCCGACUCCGCCACGUUCCCGGGCCCCACGAUCGUCGCGCGCCACGACGUCCCGCUGUCCGUGACGUGGGAGAACCACCUCCCCGACAGCCACAUCCUGCCGUGGGACCCCACCGUGCCCACCGCCAUCCCAAAGAACGGCGGCGUGCCCACCGUCGUGCACCUCCAUGGCAGCGCCCACCCGCCGCAGGACGACGGCAGCGCCUUCGCCUGGUUCACCGCCGGGUUCCGCGAGACCGGGCCCGCGUGGACGCAGGCCACGUACCGGUACCCCAACGUGCAGCCGCCGGGCAACCUGUGGUACCACGACCACGCGCUCGGCCUCACCCGCGCCAACCUCCUGGCCGGCCUCCUCGGCGCCUACGUCAUCGAGAAGCCGGAGAUCGACGUCCCCAUGGACCUGCCCUGCGACGACGACGACCUCCACAUCGUCGUCGCGGACCGCAGCUUCAACGUCGACGGCUCGCUGUACAUGAACUCCACGGGCGUCGCGCCAUCCGUCCACCCGCAGUGGCAGCCCGAGUACUUCGGUGAGGCUGUCACCGUCAACGGCAAGGCGUGGCCGUUCCUUACCGUCCACCGUCGCCGCUACCGCUUCCGGAUCCUCAACGCCAGCAACGCGCGCUACUUCAACGUCUCGCUCUCCAACGGCAUGCCCUUCCACGUCGUCGGCUCGGACGCGUCGUACCUCGCCGGGACGGUCACCGUGUCCAGCCUCCUUAUCUCCCCGGCCGAGAUAUUCGACGUAGUCGUCGACUUCUCGGUGUCGCCGACGGCCGAGGUCGAGAUGCUCAACUCAGCGCCGUAUCCGUUCCCGAACGGAACGGCGCCGGGGCCGCUCACCGGUAAGGUGAUGAAGUUCGUGAUCACCCCGAACGGACCGCUCGACCCGCCGGACAACUCGACGGUGCCGGACCGCGAGGUGCCGUACGCCAACGUGGCGUCGCUGGGGCCGACGUCGGAGACGAGGUACAUCGUGAUGUACGAGUACCAGACGCCGUCCGGGCAGCCGACGCACCUCUACAUCAACGGGCUGCGUCUGGAGGACCCGGUGACGGAGACGCCGAGGUCGGGCACGACGGAGCUGUGGCACGUGAUCAACCUCACCGGCGACAACCACCCUCUGCACAUCCACUUGGGCAUGUUCCAGGCCUUCAAGAUGCAGCAGCUGGUCGACCUGCAGGCGUUCACCGACUGCAUGACGCAGCUCAACGACGCCGUCAAGUGCGGCGUCGACCAGCACGCGGUCGGGCCGGUGGUGCCGGUGCCGGACCACGAGAAGACGUGGAAGAACGUGGUGAAGGUGCCGCCGGGGUUCGUGACCACGGUGGUGGUGGCGUUCAAGCUGGUGGACACCAACCAGCCCUACCCCUUCGACGCCACGGCGGAGCCAGGAUACGUCUACCACUGCCACAUCCUGGACCACGAAGACAAUGCCAUGAUCAGGCCACUUAAGCUGCUUCCCUCCUUGAAGAGAUUCGCAGGAUCCAACGAGUUAAUGAUGAUCGAUGAGCAGUAG